AUGAAACCACCCCUCGACAUCAACGACAACGAAGAAAAUUCAAUAAAUGAACCCGCCAAGGACAAAUCAGCUCGAAUUGAAUUCUCAUUCGCCUCGGCUCCACAGCCCUUCCUGGACCCGCCGACCUGGGAAGCAAUGCUGAAGCGAGCCCGCACUGCAGCUGCGUCCGCGUCCGCAUCCGCGCGUGAGAGUGCGAGUGCAAGGCCAUCGAAUAGUGUUCAUCGAAGAGGGGAGAACUCGAAUUCGGAGUCCGUGGGAACUGAAACGCCUGAUCAUCAGCGUAUUAGGCGUGAGCGAGAGGCUGAGUAUGGGUCGAUGGCUAUUCGGGGUAGGUCUAGUGUUAGUGGGCGAGGGAGGCGCACUAGGGCGAGUGGGAGGGGAUACUGGGGUGGACAAUUCUGA